AUAGCACACUGGUUUGGUCUGUAAAUAUGUAAGCUGUUAAAACAAAGGGAAAGACGAUGUUGUGAUCUCCUGGGUUGUUUUUUAUCUCUCACACAAACAAUCCCUAACAAUGUGUGUGUUUGCGUAUCCCCUUUUUGAAAUAUUUAAGACGUUUAAAUGGACUGUGAAAUCACUCUUAACUCUGUCAACAGGCCAUCGGAGGUUGUAAUAAGAUCUACACUUGGAAACUUGAUAGUUCUGCUCAAGCUCAGCAGGGUCAUUUGUGGGGCUCGCGUGAAUAGAAGCAGUAAAGGGAUCGGCCCAAAAUACCUUUGUAAUAAGUCAUAAUGUAUGCAGCUGCUUUAGUUUCUCUUGGUUUUCUGGAACCACCAGUGUCCUAUGUGAUCAUACCUCCUCCCUUUCCUGUAUUUGUAAUUGUUUAAAAAAAAAGAGACCAAACCUUUGUGCUGCUUUUUUAUGGGAAAGAAAAACACGUCUAUUUGCCACAGCUGGAGGUUGAAGGUUGUCCUAGGAGGGUUUCAGGUGAGGGGUGGUGACAUGGCCUGUAUUUACUAGAAGUCAAAGAAACUAGUUCUGCAGGUGGCUGCUCGCCUAUAAAUGUGGUCACUCAUGAACUGAUUGCUUAGUGCGCUGCAGCCAGAAAGCAGCUCUAAUACUUGAUUGUCUAUUUAUCAAAAAGACCGUUGCCAUUAAAUUACCUUCCCACCCACGAGAACCUGCCAUGGCGUUGCGACCACGAGCUUCCUCCCAGCCUGGGAAACUCUCCUUCCUCCACAGUCCCAAACUAACUUCAGCCCUGAGACCCCGGGCGGUUUCCUCGCGCUCGGUCUCCAUGCUGGAAGAGGAGCUGUCCUGUCCUGUCUGCUGUGAGAUCUUCAAGGAGCCUGUGGUGCUGAAGUGCAGCCACAGCUUCUGCCGGGAUUGCCUGCAGCAGUUCUGGAACCAGAAGAAGGCCAGACGCGAGUGUCCCGUCUGCAGGAUGAAAUGCUCCUUGGCAGAGCCCACGGUCAGCCUGUCCCUGAAGAACGUCGCAGACACGUUCCUGAGGGAGCAGGAGAGCAAGAUGUCCACAGCUGGGACAGGGCAGGAAGCAGGGAUGGUGGAGGAGAAGUGCAUCACGCACGGGGAAAUCCUGAAGCUCUUCUGUCUUGACGACUUUGAAGUGUUGUGCUGUGUGUGUCACACCUCCAAGAAGCACCAGGGCCACCAGGUGUGUCCCUUGGAUGAGGGUGCUCAGGACCUGAAGGAAGACCUGAAGAAAGACUUGAUUCCUCUGAAGAAGAACCUGCGUCUCCUGUAUCAGGCCAAACAGGAGUGUGAUGACACAACCGUCUACAUGAAGAACCAGACUCAGGCCACCGAGAAGCAGAUUAGAGAGGAGUUUGAAGAGCUCCGUCAGUUUCUGCAGAGGGAGGAGGCGGCACGAUUGGCCAAUCUGCAGCAGGAGGACACGGAGAAGAAGGAGCUGAUGAAGAGGAAGUCGGACCGCAUCACCAGAGACAUCCUAACCUACUCUCACGCUGUCAUUGCCAUUGAGAAUGAGAUUGCGUCCAGUGACUCUCUCUUCCUUCAGAAUUACGCCAACACAAAGAAAAGAGCACAGAUUCCACAGAAAGACCCAGGAAAAGUGUCAGGUGUUCUAAUAAAUGUGGCCAAGCACGUCAGUUCUCUCAAAUACCAUGUGUGGGAGAAGAUGGUGGAGCUGGUUUAUUACACACCCAUCACCCUGGACCCCAACACUGCCUACUCGUGGCUGUCCAUCUCCACAGACCUGACCAGUGUGGCCAACAGUGGGUCCAUGAAGCAGCUCCCAGAUAACAGUGAAAGAUUUGGCAACUUUGUGUUCGUGCUGGGUUCAGAGGGCUUCACUGCGGGCCGACACGCCUGGGAGGUGGAGGUGGGCGACAAGUUGGACUGGAUGCUCGGGGUGGUGAGGGAGUCCAUCGACAGGAAAGGCCGAAUCUCCGGCUGUCCCGAGGGCGGCUUCUGGAUGAUUGCAAACUACGAGGGCGAGUACUCGGCCAUGACCAGGCCCAACACCCCGCUGCAUCUGGAGGCCGAGCUGACUCGAGUCAGGGUGCAGCUGGACUAUGAGUCUGGAGAGGUGAUCUUUUCCAAUCCUGUCAGCAUGACACCCAUCUACACCUUCACAGACUGCUUCACCGAGAAGAUGUUCCCCUUCUUCUGCCCCGGGGCGAACAUCAACGGGAAGAACCCCAAGCCCCUUAAGAUCUGCCCAGCCACAGUGGCCGUGUGGAACAGUGCCACGUGGUGAUUUGAUGAGAACAGGCAAAGUUUGUUGAAAUGAUAAGAAAUGACGAACGGGCAAAGGAAAUGGCCCAGGGAGACGAGGUCGGUGCGUGUUUGUGUGUAAAAUGAGCAAGAAGAAGAGCGAUCAGAGUAAAUGAUGGUUUUAUUACAACGGAGGUCAUUAAGUGACUAAUUGCAGUUAAUGAAGCACAAAGCAGCUGCUGUGUAAAGCUUGCCCUCACUAUCCAGGACAGAUUAUGCUGCUUCAUCAGUGGGGAAAUCACACUUAGCAUCCCCCGCUCUCUCCUCAUCAUCACUGCCCCCCGGUGGUCUUUGUCUCACACGCACACACACACACACACACAUUCUUGUACCGCAGUCUUU